GCCGCCCUUCUCUAGCGAUACAAUCCCAGCAGGCUUGGCCAGCAUCGACAAGCUCACCGCGGUACGUCGAAGUACGGCCACACAACUUGAUUGCGUCGAAGCAUUAGCACCUCUCGCCAGUGUCCUCGCGCUGAAUCACUCAUGGCAAGCUUGGGACCAACUGCGAGCGAUAGAUUCGUGGCGCCAUCCACAUGCCCGACUCCCGAGCUCCCUGAUCUUGACCUCGUCUUUCUUGACCCUCGUUUAAGCUCGAACCCCGACGAGAGCACAAGUUCAAGCAUCGCUGGUUCAUCAAACCAGACGAACGAUGCUGCUGUACCACCCGCAAAUGACGCCACGCCACCAACUCAGCGAUACGAUAGCUCAGGAUCAAGCCCGCCAACUCUUUCCCCGACACCAGUCAAGAUCAGCGAGACCGAGGGGCGACGCUGCAGCUUUCUAAACCGCUACGACGAUCUUAACGGCGUCUUCGUUCGGUUCGGCCCCAGCAGAGAUGAGAACAUAUCCUUAUUAGAACUUGUCGAGCAGGUCUUUCACGAGCUCGAGGAUGGACCUGCGAUACCUUCUCGAUUCAAUGUUGCUCUUCCCGCGCCCAGAAGAGGUCUUGCUGGCGAGUAUGCCUUCGUCGCGCCAGCUGAUCAGUCCGUCUUCGCGGCCCCGACCGACACGACGCUCCCUACUGCAGAGCAGGUGCUGUUUGAAGAUGACUGGAAAGGUACCCUCGCCUUCGUCAACUAUCAUCCUCCAGACAUGAACAUCUUCCAAGGGAGAUUGCUACAUGUCACAGUCGGCACCGAUGUCGAUGAGAAGCCUCUGACGCCGAAAGGAAGACACUUCCAGUUGUAUGGCUCUGUUCCGCUCGACGCGGCGCUACGCAAUCUUCAAGAACUCGACUACUACCGGCUCACGCAACUCGAGCUGGUCAUCAACGAGUCCCGAGUAAGAGGCGGUCUACACCCGGAUGAAGAUUCGCUCUCGGUCAUCUUGGAAGCGCUGGCGCCACAUCUGUGGCGACUGGUAUUCGUGCGCAUCACGUUCAAGGACGAUCACACGGCAUCGCACGGGGAAGCUCGCGUCACCGCCGCGUCCACAUCUGCCGGGCGCACGCGUAUCAGAGGAUUGAAGAAGGAGUUCGGCCUGCUUUACCAGCUCGAGCUUCACGGACAGACAACGGUCUCCCGCGUCCUCCAGUUCCCCUUGCACCGGGUGUCCUAUCUUGUUCUCGCCAUGCCUGUCUCCAGUCAGGACCUGAUGGACAUAGUCGAAGCCUCGUCAUGGGCCGGCGGACGCCUGCAAUGCCUCUAUCUGGCGAACUUCGUUGCGGGACCGAUGCGAAAGCCCAGGCGGUUCACCUUGCCAGCCAUACUGGAUUUGACGACUGUGGAUGCGAUGCAUCCUGGGCUGACGCAGCUCAUCUAUGAGAUUCCGGAGGAUGUAGAGGUCCGCUUGACCGCGAUUGGCCCUUCGCCGUGCUCGGAGGCCGUCGAAGUUUUGUUCGCUUCUCGUCCUACUUGGUUUCUUCGUCACGUGAAUGCAUCGUGAGGCAGAAGCCUGGAUGUCGACCACCUUCUGUCUACGACAAUAUCUUCUACUAUAGCUCGUACAUUCUUCCAUCACGAUAUGUUAUGAGCAUGAAUAACAUUGACGCCCGG